AUGCCACCUCUUCCACAAAAUUAUGCCCAACAACAGCCUUCAAAUUGGGACAAAUUCAAAAUGGGGUUGAUGAUGGGUACUACUGUCGGUGUUUGUACAGGAAUUCUGUUUGGAGGAUUUGCCAUCGCAACUCAAGGUCCCGGCCCCGACGGUGUAGUUAGAACCCUAGGGAAAUAUAUUGCUGGUUCAGCAGGUACUUUUGGGUUAUUUAUGUCCAUCGGAUCUAUCAUUAGAAGCGACAGCGAAUUGACUCCAAUUUCCAAUCCUAACUUGAACCUACAACAACAGGCAAGGCUUGAAAUGUGGAAACUGCGUGCCAGAUAUGGUAUACAUAAGAAUUGA